UUCCUGCCCAAGCAAACAUAAUUGUGGACCCCACCCACGAGUAUCAAUUAUUUAUGUACAUCUCCCUGCGCUCCUCCUGGCUCCUUCUAGAUCUCACCGAGUCAAAACAACUUCGAUUGUCCGGGCUGUCAUCAACUAUCAAGAUCCUCGUUUACGCGUUUUGAGGUGCGUCUGGGAUUAAUUGGUUAUCUCUCUGUGGUUGGUUAGAAACUUGAAGGAAGGGCUGAUAAAACCUAAAGAGUUAUCCCAGCUGAUUGGGAGCUUUAGAGUGAAGAAAAUUGUUCUUUAGUUAGUGACUUGCAAUGAUGUUGGGGAGAAGAGGGGCUUGCACAAAAUGGCCUUUAAUCACAGGAUAUGGUUUUGCAAAAUUUAUUUUCUGUUCAUUGGGUUCUCCUUCUGGGUAUUCAAGAGAAGACUUGUACAUCAAUCUCAUAGCUAGUCUGUAGAAUCUACUUUGUCCAUACUAUAGUCUUUGUAGACAAUGGAAGCAAAGUGGGCUAAAAUACCGAAUGAUGAGAAGAAAACUGUUGUUGAUUUGAAAAGGAAAAGGAAAGUUCGGUGCACAUCAAAUAUAGUUGGAGCUAGCCAACCACUGUUCUUGCAAGAUUCCAACUUGAACUCAUCUUUAUGCAAGAUUGGUAAACGUAAGAGAUCUGAUACAUGUAGAACCGAGUAUGAAUCACGGUUGAAUAGAUAUAUUCUUAUUAACUAUAGGAAUUUCAGUAGAAGUGGGCUUCCUCAACGACUUAUGUAUCAUCAAAAUGGGGAUUGGAUUGAUCAUCCUCAACAAAUUGUGGAGUUGGUCAGGAGAGAUUUUCAGUUGAAAAAUGCUGCUGUGGAAGUGGAGUUCAAUGGCUGCCAUUUAUUGCUAGAUGUUUUGUAUAUGAUUCAAUCCGAGUUGAAAACAGGUUUACAGCAGCACUUUGCUUGGAUUGAUGAAGCAGGUCACUGCUUCUUUCCACAGCAUCUCUCUUCUACUAGUGAAAUGCGUGAGUGCUGCCAAUCUAGUUUCAUUGAUGACCCACACACUAAUGGGACCUGUGAGGUCAAAUUGCAGCUUGAGAUUGGAAUAACUGGAUCGACUAGCUAUGAUUCAGAAGAAUGUGUAGAAGAGUCAAAUAUUCAUUCUAAGAGGACUAAACUUAAACUAAAAUCUAUUAGUGACUAUGAGGGUCUCAAUAUCAAAGACAAUGACAAUCAAACAUCAGAUGCUAAAAUGCAUGAGGCUACUGGGGAAAAUCUACCUAUUGCUGUAAAUACAACAACUAAGUCUCAUAUUAUGCAUGGAAUUCUGGAGUGUGAUAAAGUGAAAAGCAUGUUUAUGAGGAGCAUGGGAUCAACUACAAGUGCAAAUGUACUAGAGGUUAAGUGUUGCUCUAGUUAUUUGACACAAACUCGGCUGGAGCUAUUUCAAAAGCAGAUUGAAAUAACUGAGAGGGGUCGUGGUGAUCCAAAUGUACAAUAUGGUUGGCUAGCGGUCAAUAAAGAUGCUCUAAUGGGCAUGAUGACAUAUGGGCUUGGGCACGGUGGACCCAAAAUUAUGUCCUCGUAUGGCAAUGGAGUUCACCUUACAUCAUUAAACUAUGCCCAUAUAAGUGCAAAUUAUUGUGAUGAUGACGAAAAUGGGAUGAGAUAUGUAGCGUUCUGUUGUGUCAUAUUGGGAAAUGUGGAGGUUGUCAGUCCUGGAUCUGUACAAUGCUAUCCCAGUACUGAAGACUUCGACAGUGGAGUCGAUGACCUUCGAAAUCCGCGUCAUUAUAUAGUUUGGAAUAUGAAUAUGAAUACCCAUAUUUUUCCGGAAUAUGUUUUCUGUUUCAAGAUGGUUUCCAGUGCUGAUUGUGAUCUCUUUGAUGUUACAGGAGGGGAUUUUGUUGCUAAAGAAAGUAGAAUCGAUGUGUCAGGAAGUAUUACUAGUGAAGGGCCUCAGGUUCAGAGGCAAUUGUAUCACUCUCCAAUUCAAUCAGAGAAUUGUUGGCUAUCUCCAGAAUUUGACAAGAGAUGUCUGGAAAAAGCCGUUGUCCUCUGUCCAAGCUCUUCAAAGACUCCAAAAUCACCAUGGAUGCCCUUUGCCAUGUUGUUUGAAGCUAUCUCAAAGGAUGUUUCUCCUAAAGAUAUGAAGUUGGUGAACAAUCAUUAUGAUCAAUUCAAGAGCAAGAAGAUUAGUCGCGAAGAUUUUGUCAAACAGUUGAGAUUGAUAGUUGGGGAUGCACUAUUGAGGUCUACCCUAAUGGGUCUUCAGUGCAAGCAACCAUCCACUUGUGCCUUGAAAGCUCCAAAGCAGGAGCAAGACCGUUGAGGCUCAUUGAAGCUGUGGUGUGUACGAGUGUUAUCGGUAUUUGAUGUAUGCCUGAUGAUUACUUGUUUGCUACUUUGCCCCUUAAUGUGUCGACAUGAUGUGGAGAACAGUCGUAAGAGUCUUCAAAAUUUUCUGUAAGUGGUUCUUCACCGCUCCUUUUCCGCCGUGAGGUUUAUGCGUAUUGUGAAUGCGUGCCCUAGUUUCUAUAUGAUCAAAUUGUCAACAUGGGACCUCAAACUCACAGAACUGUUCAAGUUAGGUAAACCAAACCUUGGGUCUGAAAUUCCAAAGUAUCUGCUGUUCCAACAUAAGUGGUGCUUAGCGCUAGAGCUGUUUGGUACACGAUGAUAGUUUUUUGUAUUUGUAUUAUUUGGCAUUGCAAUAUGUUAUUUAUGUAUUCCCUCUUUUGGGUCUUUUUAAUGGAUUGGCUACUUUUGUUGGAAUUACUCUAAUCUCUAUGGUUUUGGGGGAGGAAUUAACUUUUUCUAA